AUGGACAAAAUCGAGGGACCAAUCAAGAAGUGCGUGAUCGCGUGCACAGCAGUUGCAAAAUGCUCCAUUCCAGUCCCUUCCCGGCAGCCACCGCCGUUUCCCAGAUCCUUCUGCCCCCCACCCCCCAAAGCUGCCCCCCCGCCCCCCAAGAUGCUGACGGGGAUCGGGGACUUCGUGUUGGGCUUCAUCUUCCUGGCGCUGGGGCUCGGCUUCUACCUGUGCAAGCAGCGAACCCCAAAGGCGCAGAGACCCCCGCCUAAGCCGCCCCACAGCCCCCAAGGACCAACCAAAAUUGCCCGCGAGUAUCAGAUAAUCAGAGAAGGCGCUGAACAACCUUCAGCCAAUCAGAGCGCGUGGCGCUGCGCCUGGCUCCUGGGCACCAUCGCCAGCCCCUGGCUCCGGCUGGCCCGACCCCGACCCCCACCCCGACCUCGACCCCGGCCCCGGCCUCGGCUCCUCCCGGGGCCCGCCGGGGACACAGGCGGCGCGGCCGCUCCCGCCGCCUCCGCAGCGUCUUCCCCGCUCCGAGCUCCGCCGCUCUUGAGCGCGGCCGCCGGCCCCGAGCCGCCGGUGUCCGCUUCAAAAGAGCCAACAUGUGGGGAUGGCCGGCCCGGGGCGGUUGAGCGGCGCUCGGGGACCGUUCCUGGCCCCGGGCCGAGCGCUGACGGCCGCGUCUCGCCGGCACGGAAGGCGCAGCAGGGCCUGAAGGAGCGCUACCGGCUGGGUUCGCUGCUGGGGCGCGGCGGCUUCGGCAGCGUCUUGGCGGCGACGCGGCUCUCGGACGGCGCCCCGGUGGCCAUCAAACGGGUGCCACGGAACCGCAUCCACCAUUGGGGCCGGCUGCCCGACGGCACCCGAGCACCACUGGAGAUCGUGCUGCUGCACAAGGUGUCCGCUGGCUUCCCCGGCAUCGUCCAGCUCCACGAGUGGCUGGAGCUCCCCAGCAACGUGGUGAUGGUGCUGGAGCGCCCGGAGCGGUCUCAGGACCUCCUUCACUUCAUUCGGGCACGGCGCUUCCUGUGCGAGGAGGUGGCGCGGCACCUGUUCCGCCAGGUGCUGGAGGCCGUGCGGCACUGCACCAGCUGCGGGGUCCUGCACCGGGACAUCAAACCGGAGAACAUCCUGCUUGACCUGGCCACCGGGCAGGCCAAACUCAUCGACUUUGGCUGUGGCACCUACCUGCAAGCCGCAGCCUACACCAGCUUUGCAGGAACACCGUCCUACAGGCCCCCAGAAUGGAUCCAGUUCGGCUGGUACUACGGCAAGGCAGCGACCGUCUGGUCCCUGGGCAUCGUGCUGCACCAGAUGGUCUGCGGGGAGCAUCCUUUCAGGAGGGGCUGGAACAGCACCUGGGGCUGGCUCUCGCUCCCACGACGGCUCUCUCCAGGUGGAUCCUCGUCUCUGCAGCACGGGGGGAAUAGCAGUGCUGGGAGACAGCAGCGGGCUCAGGAGCAUCCCACACUGGCAGCUGCUGAGGAGGUGGCAAUAGUGCCAGGAUCUCAUCCAACGGUGUUUAUCCGUGCUCUCCUCGGAAAGGCCCUCAUUAGAAGACCUGUCCUGUGA